GCGCGUAGAAGUUGAUGCUGUGGCGCUGGCGCUGUAACAGUCUUGUUCACUCGUGUUCACUCGGUCGUCGGUGUUAUACCAAACGGUCCAUGCCACCGGCCUUGACGCACCGUGCGCGUAUCGCCGGCGUCGAUCGCGUGGCGUGGCCUUGCCAAAAAACGGCAUUACCACGUAAAAUAAAUAAAUCAACCGUAAACAAAGUACUACCGAAACAAGUAUCCCCGUCAUACGUACCUCAACAGUUGGAUUUGUUUGUUUUUCAUCGGUUGUUUCACUCAGUAUUCAGUGGUGCGCAGCAGUGUAACACGCAUAGCUUUGAUUUUCAUUUUUUUCUCCCAUCAGCACCUUGAAAAUACAGACAUAUCCACCCGUUGGAACACUCUUGGGGAUUGAUCAUGUGAUUUGUUGAGUUUAUGAGUUAAUGACACUUGUGGAUCCGCUGGAUGAUCGGUGAGAUUUUGUUGUUGUGGGGGUGUUGUCUUGGAUUGUGGUGAAUUGAAGUUGUUUCGAAUGUUGUGGGGAUUGCACUUAUGGCGUUAUUUGGGGGAGGAAUUGACCGGUUGUGAGGAUCAAUCGAUGCGGGGAUAGUUUGAUGAAUUGAUCAUUGUGGUGGUGUGUGAAUUUUUGGAAUUGGAGGAUCGCUGGAGUGAAUUUAUGGUGUGAGACUCUUGAACGGUUUUGUGUUUGUUUCUCUGGUGAAAAGAGAGUGGGGAUUAUACCAUGGAAAAUAGAUAAACGCCUGAGUGAUGCUGAAAACGAGCUCUUGAGGCGUGUUGGUAGUCCCCUCAAUGGGUAUGCCAGACACUUAUGCAUGGGUUUCUGUGAUGACUUUCAAACUCCCCCGACCCACCCACUCAGGUUGUUUUGUUGAUGAUGGUGUCAAGGAGCGAGCAAAUCAAUGAAUGGAGGGUGAUGAUAUAAUACAUGUUGAUGAUAUAACCAAAACAAUACCAAAUAUCAAAGGCAGUCGGUGAUUUUUCAAUGUACUUGUGCAACAGUGGAUUGUUUCUUUUAUCGUUAACGUUCAUGCCGGUGAUUUCGAGUGGUGCAUUGAUAAUUUCUAGUUGAUCGUGAGGUGAUAGACAUCAGUGUAACUAUGAGAGUGGAUUUUAAUGAAUGAAAUACUGGUGUACUAUUGGAAAAUGACUCGUCAGUGAAUUCAACAUAUCAAUAUUUUGACGAUUGUUACGGGUUUCUAUCUUCGACUGAUCCUGAGGUGCUUCUUUGUUGAGAUCGAUGAUCUUCCAUUUGAUAACUCGAGAGUAGCCAACGAAACAGUUGUCACCGUUAUACGUUUGUGUUAUUGCCGGAUUGUGUCAUUGAAAGCUUGGAAAAAUUAAUUCUCCACGGGAAAAUGAAGAGAUCCUCUUCCUUCUUCAUCUCAAGAGUGACAGCGGGCUAGUGGAUACCGAUUCGGCUCGACUUGGCAGUAUGACGGCCAUCAAUUCCGGGCCUGUCGGUGAAGUUGGCGGUGUGAGACUACCCCUUCAGUCGUUGCAUGGAUACGGAUCAGUGUUUAUGUAUUCGGCUUCAACGAGUCCUGGUGGUGGUAAUGGUCAAAGUGGCGGAGGCGGAGGUGAAGUCACUCUCCGCCUCCGCGAACCUGAGGACAUACCAGAAGAAGUUUUAGCACGACUCGAGGACACCGCUACACUAUCGAUAUCACUGCAGGGUGAUGCUGUCCUAAGGCUCGGCUCAGCUAGUACCGGAAACAGCAAUUUGGAAUUGUUCGAUAGUGAAAGCGGACCAGACCUUACACUAUCACCUCAGACAUUCACGUCAACAGCGGAAGCCUUUAUCAACGACAAUAGUGAUAGUCUUGGGGUGCCUGGUGACAACGACAUGGGAAGCAGUGAAGAGUCGAGAACAGGGCCAGGUGAUCCUGGAAAGCUGGGGGUAAAGAAAUCAAGACCGAAAGCCUCUUCACCUAAUCGUCAAGGACCUCAACAGUGUCAGGUGUGCGGUAAAGUGUUCAACAAUGCCUCAGCACUGACAAAGCACAAGCUGACGCACAGUGACGAGCGGAAGUACAUUUGCACGAUAUGCAGCAAGGCGUUCAAGCGGCAGGACCACUUAAACGGCCACAUGUUGACUCACCGAAACAAGAAGCCAUUCGAGUGUAAAGCGGAGGGAUGCGGAAAGUCUUACUGUGAUGCCCGCAGUCUACGCAGACACACAGAAAACCAUCAUGCUGGGAGUAAAGUUAAUGAGAGUGUGAGUCCAAGUAGUCCAACAACUGGACCACACACACCCAACACGCCAGGCAGUAAUCCAAGCACGCCAAGUACACCUGGACCACCAACAACCCAAAAUGGUCACGGACAUACAGCGCUUAAACAACUUUUAGCGAGUGAACCCACACAAGGAUCGGGCCACAAGAAUUCAUCAUCACCGGGCGGCAGCAAUGAUGGCUUAACAAAGCAGCAAAUCGAACUCAUCCAACAAAUAAUGCAACAGACCCAGCAACAGCAGCAGCCGGCUAAUUCCCAACAAUCGUUAACAACCAGUGGUGCUGGGAUUUCAACGCAAACCAAAAACGGAAAACCAUCAAGUAAAUCCGCUCAUUCACCAAAUGGUAAUUCAACGUCCGUUAAUCCCGGCUCAACAAACACUACGAGUUCUAGCUCCAAGACAAAGAUUUGGAAUCAAAAUCAGCAACAGCAGCAGCAAGCACAAGCACAACAGAAUACACAGCAAUCCCAACAUGCACAGUCAACACAGCAAGCACAAGCCAGUUCUCCAGGUACUUGCAAUCCUGGAAAAGCAAGCCCAUCACCAACGAGUUCUUCAUCACCCGGAAUCACCUCUAACACCAACAAAACAACCACUGAAGCCAAAUUGGUUGAGUGCAGUCUGUGUCGUCGACAGUUUAAAAAUAUUCCCGCUCUUAAUGGACAUAUGAGACUGCAUGGCGGAUACUUCAAAAAGGAUGGCGAGAACAGGAAGAGCGAGAAGAAGGAAACCCCUGGACCACCUCUGCAGACAGCAUCCGUCAAUGUUCGGGCACUCAUCGAGGAGAAGAUUAUUCAGAAGAGGACCACCGCAACAGAGGCGAAUGCAGCGAAUCAGUCCAGAGCGAAUCCAUCUGUGUUUACAGGACAGACAGACGGUGCAACUCAUGUCAUUGGAAAAACGAGUUUUGCUGUACCAGCACCACCACCACUAGCAGCUAGUGAAAAAAUCAGGAGGCUGUCAGAUACUGAGCAUUUUCGCCAGCCAAAUGUUACCGUUACACAUACGACUGUUCAAAAACAAUUACAGGAGGCGCAGACGCAGGCGCAGGCACAGGCACUUGCUGAUAUGAUUUUGAAGGGUACUUCGAAAAUGGCUGUUAAACGGACAACUUCGGAUCCUGGUCAACGAGUUCAAUUGACUUAUCCGACGUCCCUUCAAACAACUGCCACUCAAUGUCAACAAACCAAUCAUCUUCGGCAGUCUAAUGCUCCUUCCCAGCCUCAAUCCCAGACUGCUGUUACCGAAAGCUUUACAAUGACUGGAUAUUCCGAAGAUGGUGGCUACUUCAGUCCCAGUUUGCAGGACGAGGUUUUUCAACAAGUCACUGCUGUUCCUGAUUCGGUACUGCUGCAAGCCAGUCAGCUCGAUUCUAUCCAGUUCCAGACAUCGAGUCUGCUGCAAGAUCAGUCCCCAGAUCAGCUCCAGGACAUCAGCCUUGAGGAUCGUUUCACUUCUCAACACACAGUGAAUCCAGACCUCCAGGCACUUGUUAACUCUCCGCUACCGGAUUCUCUCGCAGAAUUCAGUACCUAUGGUACUCAGUACACAGAGAGUCCCCACACCCUCUCAACGCAAUCUCCACUUCCAUCCCCACUGACUCGACACGAUAGCCCCAGUUUCACCUAUCCAACACCACCAGCCAGUCAAGAAGGCCUGCUAACAGGUACUCUUCCUCUGCUGAGUCCCCAGGACGAUCCAGAGGCAGUGCGUCCAGUGUCAUCACCCCUGAGUGCAGCAUUCUACACGACAACAUUAUCAUCCGCAGCAGCUGUGGAAGAAGCACUGAACGCAGUCCUCCCCGAGGAAGCCGAAGGUGACAGCGAUCUUUACGCCUCGGCCUCUCCAAAUCCAAAUUCACCCCUUCCAAGUCCCCUAUCUGCAACCCCAGCACCCUCACCCCUGUCCUCUCUCCCUCCGUCGUCAGUCUCAUCCCCGGGACCCGGUGCAUUCACAUCUGCCGGUUUUCCCGUCUCUCCCCAUCACGCUCUUCAAAAUCAAAUGAUGCCAAACUCCGAAGAUCCCCUUCUAUCCUCAACUCCAAAAGACUUCGCAGCAAAUCGACGCAAAUUCGAAUUUCAAUCAUAUAAACUGAUAACAAGUCAGAAUUUCGUUGACUUUGGAUUAGGAAAUGGCAGCCUAGCUGGCAUCGUUGUUGACAAUAACGGUGAAUACAAGCUGAUACAAACAACCGGUCUACAGAAGACAAACGUCCUUGUCCAGAGUAGUGCCCUGAAUCCAGGAUUAACAUUUAGGAAGGAGAUACACCUAGCAUCGCCACAGAUAAAGCCGAGCAUAGUCAAUAUAUCGACACAGGGCAUAAGUCUACAAGGCCAGCAGUAUCACAAUCAGAUACAUCAGCAGGCAAUUAAUCCAGCUAAAUUCUUGAUACAAACGACAAAUACAGUGAAGACACCAUUGAAGCAGAAGAUCAAUCUACCAAUUCCAGUUGAGCAGAUUAAAGAGGAACUGCUGGAUGAUGAUAUUUUUCUCAGUCCUGGUAAUGUAUCGAGUCCUCUGAGACAGAGUAGAAAGCGACCGAGGAUUGAGGGUACGUUGACGUCACAUCCAUCGAGAUUGAGACGGGCUUGUGAUCGUCAUUGGGACAGUAGUUAUACACCACCACCGAUAUUGGAUCCGUCGAGAUUAGGUGCUGGGCUUUAUGCGAGAUUACAUCAUAAUGAGAGAGAAUCGGAGUUUAGUUCUGAUGAUUCACAGGGAAAUGAUGGGCCACCACCGAGGAUAAAUAUUGGAACGAGAUAUCAGGCGUCUAUUCCACCGAUGGGAUCUGGCGAGACCGACAGAGGACGCGGGGGAAAGGAGACGGAUCAUCUGCUGUGGGAUCCUGGUAUUGUUCAUGGGCUCAGUAAUAAUGAAGUUGACAUGUAUCUGCAGUUCGCUUGUUGUGCUAGUGUACCUGGUGGUGGGAGGAAUAAAGAGUAUGCACUGCAUCUUCUACAUAUGUGCAAAGGGAAUAUCAGAGAGGCUAUGCUGAAGCUUAUGAGACCGACACCGAUACUGCCGUCACAGCAUCCACUUUUGAGUUACGAGUGCAGGGACUCGGAUCGCUGGACAUCACAGGAAAUGCUGACUUUCUAUCAGGGAUUGAUGGAGUACAACAAGGAUUUCAGUAGUAUAGCAAGAGAUAUCAGUACUAAAACACCUAAACAAUGCACACAGUUCUACUAUCUCUGGAAGAAGUUGUGCCCGAAUGAGUAUAAGAGAGUUAGGGCGAGACAUGGGAGGCCGAAGAUUAAGUGUGAGCGUCGGGAUUUUGGAAGGGAUAGCAAGGAUACCAAGGAACUCAGGGACGCCAUUGCCUCUGUUACUGAGAUGGAUUUCAGUGAGGAGAAAUCGAUUCUACAUAGAACACUGUUGCAGACCAAUGAGAGGGAAUCGUCCGCAACCUUGACCACCAGCGAAGGGGAACUAAGGCUUUUCGCCUACGACUGCCCUGAUAGUUUUCAACAAAGUGAAAAGCAGAAGUGCCCACAUGAAAUCACACCGGCCAAUGCCCUCACCCGAUUCAACGGGACAGGAGUCUAAAAAAUUGAACAAUCAUCAACAGAAACAAUCACACAACCAAGAUCAAUCAAAUUCAUCGGGUAUGGUGUCACAUGGACACGACUAU